CGAUUUUGUGCGUGUGUCCUUAAACAACCAAUUGACAGUUUAUCUCAUGUUUUUAUCUAGAUUUUGUACUUUCGUUGACAGUGAGAGAAAAAAAAACAAUGGAAGCGGUGUGUUAUAUAUUUGUGAGGCUUUGACAUUGACGUUUGAUACAACAAUAAAUUGUAUUUGGAUGUUUUAUCGUCCACAUUUUUGUCUUGAAGAGACAAGCAGAGAUGGAAAAGUCUUUCGAUCACAGUGUUAUGAUUACCAGUAUUCUGACAAUUUUUAUUAUCGGAGUUGCCGGCACAUGGGAAGAACAUAAUGGAAAAUUAUACUUGGUUCUUAAAGACCACCAAGAUGUAAUUAGAGAAACGUGGGAGAAAGCUGUCGUGAUGUGUGAGAAGGAGGAUGCUACUUUAUUUUCUCCGACUGCACGUAUGAAUAGUUGGACCAUAGAUUUUUUAAGAAGAAAUCGUAUCGAAAAUGGUUGGAUUGGUAUAAACGAUAAAUGUACAGAAGGAAACUGGAUAUGGUCAGAUGGAUCUCCCGUCAAUGAGAUAGAUUGGCAGUGGGCAAAAGGUGAACCUAACAACAAGAAUGUCGAAAAUUGCGGUCAAAUAUAUAAGGACUCAACUUGGAAUGAUUUACCUUGCAAUGACUACUUAGUCAAACACCCGGUUGUUUGUCAAAAAUGUAAACCUUGUGAUUCACAUGACAAUAAUAUAACAUGUAGUAAUGAUACCAGCUUCGACAAUUUGUACUGUGAUGGUCAACUUAGGAUGCAGUGGAGUGUCUGUAAACCAGACUGUCGACCAGGACCAGCCGAUAUUCUGUUCAUGGUAGAUACAUCUUCCAGUACGAAAGGCCAUCUGAAUAGAAUUAUCUAUAUGAUGACGUACAUUGUCACAAAGCUACCUAUAGGACCGAAAGAUUUCCAAAUAGCUCUAAUGAAAUACAGCUAUAAUCCAACGCUUGUCUUUAACUUUGCACAGUAUACAAAUGUACAAUCGAUUACAUCUGGAUUUGAUGACAUUAACAUUUCUAAUGGACCAACAUAUACUGGUAAAGCUUUACAAAAAGCAGACGAGAUAUUUUACGACAAAACGUCUGGAUCUCGUAUCUCUGCUUACAAAUACAUCAUUCUAAUUUAUGAUGGUUUGUCAUCCGAUAGAAUGAAUACAAUAUCGGAAGCAAAUAAAAUGAGAGACAAAAGAAUUAAAAUUUCCUCAGUAGGUAUUGGGAAUGCAGUAGCGCACGAGGAGAUUGUCAACACUGCAUACAGUGAACACUAUGCAUUUAACCAUAUUCACCUAGAUGAUAUAUACAAUCAGCUUAUACAAGACAGCAUAGAUGUUAGUUGUACAGUGUGCGUACGUGAAACAGAAGCGGACAUCAUAAUACUUUUAGAUGUCCAAAAGAACCAGUCGAACAUCGAGUUCCAGUACCGACAUAAAGCUAUCGAAAAAUUCCUCAAAGGUUUAAACAACGAUGGGUCUAACAAACGAGUAGGUAUGGUAGCAUACUCAGAUCAUGCUGAUUAUAUCUUCAAAUUAUCGUGGUUGAACAACGUAGACAAACUAAUCGGUAAUGCCAAUAAUGUGGACUUAGACAAAGUUUCGGUCAUAUCGAAUCUAAGCCAUACUCUUCAAUUUGUAGGCGUUGAUGCCUUUUCGAGUUCAAAUGGUGGACGACCGUCUUCUAGGAAAAUAGUUAUGAUGUUUUCCUCCUUAACCUCUGGUUAUUCCGCUGAAAUGAGUGACCAAAUGCUAAAUUUAAACAAAUCAGAUAUUGAAGUUUUAGGUGUAGCCACAGGCCAUGAUGAGGUAAAUCAUUAUACAGAAAUACUUUUAGAUCCAAGUCAGUUAUUGGUUAUAUCUGAAGACUCGCAUUCUGAUCCAUUUGAUUGCUUAAAAGCUUUGUCUGCUAUGACGUCGUAUUAUAUGUGUGAUGAUACUGUUUUUCAACUGUAUCCAUAAUAAAAAAUAUAAAUUCGAA